AAAGUGGUUGUAGAUAAAAAGAAAUCCUUGUGAAGUGAAGUAUUUAAACAUUUUUGCAAAUGAGUUAUUUUAUUAAAUCGUGUGUUUAUUCACAAUGGAGAAGUCUUAUUUUUUAGUCCCAAUUUUAUUGCUUUGUUUAUUUAUAGAAGAUGUAGUAUCCAGGAGACGUCAUUAUCGUGGCAAAAGUAGUGACGUUAAGAAAUCUUAUAAUAAAAUCGUAGGAGGCUACAACACCACUAUACAGGAUGUUCCUUACCAAGUGUACCUACUGCUGCAGAUGGGUACCGAUUACUAUCAGUGUGGAGGUUCUAUUAUAAGCGAGAGAUACAUUUUGACAGCAGCCCAUUGUCUCACAGGUAUAACAAGAAUUUACAUAAGAGCUGGUAGUACUUUAGCUGACAGCGGCGGCACCCAGUAUAAUACUUCUAGAUAUAGACAGCACCCAUUUUAUAACCCAAUGAACAGCGAUUAUGAUGUUGGUAUCAUAAAUGUUCCUAGUGGAAUUACAUUAGAUGGUGUUAAUACAAGGGCUGUUCCUCUACCAAAAGCUGGAACUAAAAUUAAUAAUGGUACCAAUGUUCUAGUGACUGGAUGGGGAGAUACUACGGAAAACGGUCAGGUUAGCGAAAAUUUGAUGGGCGUGCAAGUACCAACCGUAUCUAAUGAAGAAUGUCGCAGGUCUUACUCCACACUUACGUCUCGACAGUUUUGUGCCGGCGUGCCCGAAGGAGGCAAGGACUCUUGUCAGGGUGAUUCCGGAGGUCCAGCAGUGGAAACAGAUACUGGAACUCAACUCGGAAUAGUAUCCUUUGGAUCGGGUUGUGCUCGACCAGGGACCCCGGGAGUUUAUACUAAUGUACCCAAAGUAAGGAGAUGGAUUAAAAUGAACUCGGGCGUCUAAGGUAAAGUAUGAU